AUGGCACAUAACACAAUCAGUGGAAUAAUUUAUGAAACAUUGGAUAUAGGAGCAUAUGGAAAACAGAGUGAUAGUGGUGUAUUUGCUGAGUCUAAUAUAUAUAAAUACCUAGAAACAAAUUCCUUUAAUGUACCACCCAACAGACCACUUCCAAAUACAAAUAUUCCAAUACCUUUUGUUUUAUUAGGAGAUCAAGGAUAUCCACUAAAAGAAUAUUUGAUGCGUCCAUAUCCAUGGACCUCAAAUUUGGAUCCAGAAAAAGAAAUUUUCUACUAUCGUCUUAGUCGAGCCAGACGUAUGAUAGAAUGUACAUUUGGUAUAUUAGUAUCAAAGUGGAGGUGUCUAAAAACGAAACUCCAAAUAAAUGAAGAUCACGUAGACACAAUAAUUAAAUGUAUCUGUUUAUUACAUAACAUAAUUAUCGAUCAGGAAGGGGUUGAUGAUACGCUAUUUGUAAAUAUUCAUCAAACCAAUACAGAAAUUGAAAUAUCAAGACGAAACAAUCGCUCUAAAACUGUAGCGUAUGCAAUACGUGAUAAAUUCAAAGAGUAUUUUAAUAAUAUUGGAGCUGUUCAUUUUCAAAAUUCCUAA